UUAUUUACUCCAAAAAUGAUCACUACUGCAACAUUUUUAGUUUUGUUUAUUGCUAAUGGCCAGUUAAGUCUUUCAAAGGCGCAACUUCAUGUUGGGUUCUACUCAAAAACAUGUCCAUCAGCAGAAUCAAUCGUCCGUAAAGUAGUCCAACAAGCAGUGACCCGUGACCCGGGAAGUGCUGCUGUCUUACUCCGUCUCCACUUCCAUGACUGCUUUGUUGAGGGUUGUGAUGGGUCUAUCCUAAUCAAACACGUCGUAAAUAAUGAUGAGAGGUUUGCCGCGGGUAACGCCGGUGUAGGCGGUUUCGAUGUUAUAGACGGUGCUAAAUCAGAGCUUGAACGUUUGUGUCCCGGAGUUGUGUCUUGUGCUGACAUCGUUGCUCUUGCUGCUAGAGAUGCUGUUGUUGCGGCAAAAGGACCUUUUUACGAUGUUCCAACCGGUCGACGAGAUGGCCAGACUGCAGAAAAGAGUAACGCUGCAAAUUUGCCAGAUGUUGAAGAUUCCAUAAACACUUUGAAAUCAAAAUUCAGAGAAAAAGGGCUUUCAGAUUUAGAUCUUGUACUUCUUAGUGCUGGUGCACAUACUAUUGGUACAACGGCGUGUUUCUUUGUCGUACCACGUUUAGAUGCUAAAGAUCCGACUAUAAAUCCAGAGUUCUUCCAAGUGCUGAGGUCAAAGUGUCCUCAAGGCGGCGAUGUUAAUGUAAGGAUUCCUUUGGAUUGGGAAAGCCAGUUUGUGUUCGACGACCAAAUAUUUAGGAACAUCAGAAAUGGUAAAGGAGUCAUUCUAUCGGACUCUGUUUUGUACCAAGACAAUAACAUGAAACAGAUGAUUGAUUCGUAUGUGGUGACUAAUGGGAGUUCGAAGGCUAGUUUUGCUACGGAUUUCGCUAAAGCCAUGGUUAAGAUGGGUUCCAUUGGGGUGAAGAUUGGUAUUAAGGGAGAGAUCAGACGCAUAUGCAAUGCUACAAAUUAGUUUCGAGUAAUAAGAGCUCAUAUUUGAUUUAUACUAUUAAAUAUCCGAGUA